GCCACUUCCGGCGGGCGCUGCGCUGCUGGGGGCGAGGGAGAGGAUGGCGGCGGAGAGCGAAGCCAGCCAGGAGAGCGCCCUGGGCGCCUACUCGCCGGUGGACUACAUGAGCAUCACCAGCUUCCCACGGCUGCCUGAGGACGAGCCGGCGCCCGCGGCUCCGCUGAGGGGGCGCAAGGACGAGGACGCCUUUCUGGGAGACCCCGACACCGACCCUGACUCCUUCCUGAAGUCUGCGAGGCUGCAGCGGCUGCCGUCCUCGUCCUCAGAAAUGGGCAGCCAGGACGGGUCGCCACUACGAGAGACGCGCAAGGACCCCUUCUCGGCAGCAGCAUCCGAGUGCUCCUGCCGCCAGGACGGGCUCACGGUCAUCGUCACAGCCUGCCUUACCUUUGCCACCGGCGUCACGGUGGCGCUGGUCAUGCAGAUCUAUUUCGGGGACCCCCAGAUCUUCCAGCAGGGCGCCGUGGUGACUGAUGCUGCUCGUUGCACUUCAUUGGGCAUUGAGGUACUCAGUAAACAGGGAUCUUCUGUGGACGCAGCUGUGGCAGCAGCCUUGUGUUUGGGGAUCGUGGCCCCACACACUUCUGGCCUGGGCGGUGGGGGUGUGAUGCUGGUCCAUGACAUCCGCCGAAACGAGAGCCACCUAAUUGAUUUCCGGGAAUCUGCACCAGGAGCCCUCAGGGAAGAGACACUGCAAAGAUCCUGGGAGACCAAGGUGGGGACCCUGCCUGGGCUCUUGGUGGGGGUCCCCGGAAUGGUGAAGGGGCUACACGAAGCUCACCAGCUCUAUGGCAGGCUGCCAUGGUCCCAAGUCCUGGCCUUCGCAGCAGCUGUGGCCCAAGAUGGCUUCAACGUGACUCAUGAUCUAGCCCGAGCCCUGGCUGACCAGCUGCCUCCCAAUGUGUCUGAGCGCUUCCGUGAGAUGUUCCUACCAUUGGGCCGCCCGCCACUGCCUGGCUCUCUGCUGUAUCGGCCCGACCUGGCUGAGGUGCUAGAUGCACUUGGCACCUCUGGCCCUGCUGCCUUCUAUGCAGGUGGCAACCUCACGCUGGAGAUGGUAGCUGAGGCUCAGCAUGCAGGUGGUGUCAUAACCGAGGAAGACUUCAGCAAUUACAGUGCACUUGUGGAGAAGCCUGUGUGUGGCGUGUAUAGAGGCCAUCUGGUUCUCAGUCCCCCACCCCCGCACACGGGCCCUGCCCUCAUCAGUGCUCUCAACAUCCUUGAGGGCUUUAAUCUCACCAGCCUGGUAUCCCGAGAACAGGCUCUUCACUGGGUGGCAGAGACCCUGAAGAUCGCAUUAGCCCUGGCCAGCAGACUGGGAGAUCCUGUCUAUGAUUCUACCAUCACAGAGAGCAUGGAUGAUAUGCUCAGCAAAGUGGAGGCCGCCUACCUCCGAGGCCACAUCAAUGACUCCCAGGCAGCCCCUGCCCCACUCCUGCCUGUCUAUGAGCUAGAUGGAGCACCCACAGCUGCCCAGGUGCUGAUCAUGGGCCCUGAUGACUUCAUUGUGGCCAUGGUUAGCUCCCUGAACCAGCCCUUUGGCAGUGGCCUCAUCACCCCCUCGGGAAUCCUGCUCAACAGCCAGAUGCUGGACUUCUCCUGGCCCAACAGGACUGCUAACCACUCUGCACCUAGCCUGGAAAACUCAGUGCAGCCGGGGAAACGGCCACUCUCUUUCCUGCUGCCCACUGUGGUCCGACCAGCAGAGGGGCUCUGUGGGACCUACCUUGCCCUGGGAGCCAAUGGAGCUGCUCGGGGCCUCAGUGGACUGACCCAGGUUCUGCUGAAUGUCUUGACCUUGAACCGUAACCUGAGUGACAGCCUGGCUCGUGGCCGCCUGCACCCGGACCUGCAGUCCAACCUUCUGCAGGUGGACAGUGAGUUCACAGAUGAAGAGAUUGAGUUCCUGGAAGCCAGGGGUCACCAUGUAGAGAAGGUAGAUGUCUUAUCCUGGGUCCAUGGCAGUCGGAGAACCAACAACUUCAUCAUCGGUGUGAAGGACCCUCGGAGCCCAGAUGCAGCUGGAGCCACCAUCCUAUAGAACAAUGGGGUGGGGCAGGGUCUCUGCUCCCUAACUUUGCAUGUUCCCAGAGUCCCUCCUUCUCCCAGGUUUGGUCUCAGGGGGACCCCAGGGAUGCCCCAGAUUAGGGGCCAGAGGAGAUGCUUAGCAAACCUAAUCCCAGGAUAACUGGAAAAUUCUCCAUGAGGAGGCCUGUAGUGGUGGUGGUGGUAAGUGUCAGUAUCCAAGACCAAGCAGGUAGGACCUCGAGGAGUCAGAUUAUUUGUCCAUCUGUCUUCUCUCCUCCAUCAGCCAUGCUGGCCCUGAGCUUAGGGAUGUGCUUGCAAACCCUUUGUGAGGGUCUUAUAACCCCAACAUCUCCAGACUGGCCUGACCUGGGCCUUGUCUUCCAGCUCCCUUCUCCUGUCCCCAGCCUCAUUUCUUAAAUGACUAGGAAUUUUUUAAUGGACCAUCAUGGGGAGAGGAUGCUCCUCUCCUCUUCUCACCAGGUUGAGGUGGGGGCCUUGCAUCUGGUGGUCCCCAGGGUGUGGGGUAGGGGUGGGGGUGGGGACCAGCUCAGGGGCUUCCAUUUGCAAAGGGGAAUUAAAGGAAGAAUAUUGCUUAA